UCGUCGUGAGGGUGUCAUGCUCCGCUCCGCUGUGACUUCUCUAGCUUGAUAAACAGACAAGAACUCGUCGGUCACAAGUCAAUGUGUGCAGUGUUGAUUAAUUCAAUUCAACGUGUGACGUUAAAACUCAAUGUCUGAUACUUAACUUGUGUGUUUCAUCAGUCUGUGGAAAUGGAGCUGAUGAAUGAAGACAGAAUUUGAUAAACUUGACGUUGAAAUCCGCGUCUUUGUUGGGCAAAGAUGGAAAGAAAUCAAGCAGCCGUGAUAUUUGUAUGAAGUCUUAAACUGUCCAACGUUUUUCUUAUAAGGAAUACAUUGAAUAUCUGUAAUAAUUAUACUUGUUCGUCUUCGUGGAUUUAAAGGCAUUUUUACGGAUUAGAUAACUUGGUGAAGUUAUUGUUCGUUGAAAAAUUAAAUUACAAUUUUAAUGAAGAUUUUUUACAUUUUCACAGCUGGUCUAACAAUAGGAAAAAAAUUGCCCAUGGUGUUUAAACAUUUAUACUUACCGUGAAAUUAUUGCGACGUUAUAAAAAGUUUUCUCCUUUCAACUUUGGUUCUAACAGAAAUUGAAUUCCAGUGAAUUGACGACCAUAUCUCACUUAAGUUAAUGAGGACAAACUAUCAUGUAAAUAGAUAAAUAACUCAUGGAUCAUGCUGAUCACAUGACAAAAUUUAGUGGAUUUCUAGAAAUACUUCUGAAUAUAAUGCGGAGUGAUAUUCAGUGUUGCUCUCCUUGGAACUCAAAAUUUCAUUCUCGGGUGAAACUAGAACCAGCACAACUCUAGUGAAAUAAAAAUUUAAAUUUCCGGAAGAAAAAUAAAAAUCAGAAUCAGUCAUGAGUCAUGCUGUGCUGAACGGCGUGCUGUUGCUGCUGAUGCUUCUCACAGGCAGCGAAGGCAGUUGGGAGCAAUGGUGGACCUACAGUGGCAUUUCUGGUCCUCAGUUCUGGGGCCUGCUGAACAUGAACUGGAACAUGUGCGACAAGGGCCGGCGUCAGUCUCCCAUCAACAUUGAGCCCAACAAACUGGUGUAUGAUCCUCACCUUCGCCACGUGCAUGUUGAUAAACACAGGAUCGACGGCUACCUUUACAACAAAGGCCAGAGCGUGAUCUUCAGAGUAGACCCUGCGAUGACGACGCACGUGAACAUCACAGGCGGUCCGCUGGUCUACAAAUAUCGCUUUGAGGAACUGUAUGUCCACUUCGGAGAGCACGACAACGUUGGCUCCGAGCAUCAGAUCAAUGGAAACGCAUUUCCUGCUGAGCUACAGCUGUACGGGUUCAACGCUGAUCUCUACCCCAACAUGAGUGAAGCGCAGCAGAACAGCAACGGCAUCGUCGGAGUCAGCGUCAUGAUUCAGAUCGGACAGUCCGGCAACGACGAGUUCCGAAUCCUGUCCUCGGGCUUCAACAAGAUCGUGUACAGAGGAGACCGCAGCGCCGUGAAGCACAUCUCGCUGGCCGGUCUGCUGCCGCUAACCCAGCAUUACAUGACAUACGACGGCUCUACCACACACCCUGGUUGCUGGGAGACAACCACGUGGUUGCUCAUGAACAAACCUAUUUAUAUCACCAAGCAGGAGUUACUCGCCCUACGGCAGCUCUACCAAGGCGACAGAACUCUGCCUAAAACCAAGAUGGCGAACAACUUUCGGCCCGUGAAGGCUCUGCACCACCGAACGGUGCGCACUAACAUCGACUUCACUACAGACAACAGGCAAAAAGAUUGUCCUUCCAUGCACCGCGAAAUGUUUUAUGCAGCUCGCAAAUGGAAGUUAUAGUGGUGGACCGAAGCACUGGAGUCGGGAAUCAUACAGAGCAGUGGCCUGACUCAGUGACUCAAUUGUGAGCUUGCGUACGUUUCAGUCGACUCAGUGACUCAAGUGGAAAUUAAGCAAGAACAUCAAAUAGGAAAAUUACUCUGUUCGAAGAUGGAAUUUUUUGUCGUCUGACACACUAAACCUCGUUACGGUGUGACUCAGAUGCUCACUAUGGAGUGAGUGUAUUGACACAACGGCAAGUAAAUCAUAGAUACAAACAUGUGACAAUUUUAUAAGUACCUAGAGUGAGACAAAUGGGAGUUGACACACACAUUGUUUACAGAGCUUGAUGAUGGCCUGUAAAAACAUAUUGUAAAUCAAUGACGUCCAGAGAUGGUCGGUCGAAGGCCGACGAAAGCCUGCAGAUAAAAUGCAGAUCAUUUUCGACAAUAUUUUGAGUUAAGAUUUAGCAAUGCUUUUCUACCGCAAAUUUAUUCGACAGGCUUUGUAGAAAUAGUAGUUCUUAGUACGCAAUAUUAAUAAUAGUGCAUAAUUUGUUGAUGUUGACAUGUAAUUUAUAAAUAAAAUGGUGUACAUUGUUCUUUAUUAAUACAAGUAUAUUGUUUCUAGAAACAUAUGCCUUGGCAACCAGUCAUUAUACCAGCAACAACUGCGUCGAUGUGAGUGCUAUAAAAUUCACCCAUAAAUAAUUUGUGUUAAAAUUUAUUACCUACAAUUUAAUGCCAAGCAGGGUUCAAUGACAUGAUAUUAAUUUAUGCAUUAAGGCGUCUAUAGUAAAAUAAGCAACACACUCUCACUACAUUUGGAUGUUAAAUUAAACUCUUGUGAAAUAUUUUCCCAAAAACAAUAAAUGAAAAGUCAGUGCAUGAUAAGCCAUUUAGUUUAUAUUUCACGUAAUUUUCGCUUGCGAGCAGAAAUUCCAACUGAAAAUAUUGAACAAAUUGUUCAUGAAUAUCGACGUUAGGCUUCCGAUUACAUCGCAAAUUUUUUAAUAUCUUAUGACGGGAAAACAAUAUAAUAAAGAUACGACGAAACUGAUAAAUCCCCUUACUGCUGAAACACCGUCCUUCUUCCUAACUUGUACAUAAUAACUGUAAAAUAUGAUAAGUGAUUCAUUUCCUCCUAAUUUCCAAAACUGUGUAAUAAUUGCUGCGAUGAUGUGAAAAGUUUAAGGAUUUAUUACACGCUAAUAUAAAGGUAAACAUUUACGGCAAAUAAUCGCCAUUACCAAUUAAUUUACAAUAAUUUUUCAGCUACUUUAAACCGAGUUUCAACCUAAUAUUAUUUUAUGGUAAACACUACUGAUUAAAAGACAUUAGAUAACAGUGAGCUAAAAAGAGAGACGAGAAUAAACAAUAUUAAUUAAACUAUUUAAAUAUUAAUUUAUUUAUUUAUAAAAUUUAGAAAUUAUCCGUGAUAAAGGGAUAUUGUAACAUGUGAUGAGAAUAUUGUAUUGUAAUAUUCUGGAUAAAAAUGAUGAUUUUUGCCAUGAACAGCGAGCAGUACUAGACAUCAGUGAACAAUUUUCCGUGGCUAGUAAACCAUUUGGAAAUCUAGGAAUUUUGUCUGAGAAUAUUGUAGCUACGAAAUUGAGUUAAUGGUAAAAGAUUAACUGUGUAUUGGUGGAAUAAAAUAAAUUUUUUAAUUGUGGUUUAAUCCACAGUUCUGGUUUAAAAUAAUUUAGGCUAAAAAAAGUUAGGCUAAAUUUUAACGUGCGUAAAUGCUUAAAUUUUAAUGUGCUCGGAAUCGUAUUCUACUCUUCUACUGUGCAUGAAUUUUGUUGACAAACCUUUCUGGCGAAUUGUUGAAUACUAACAAAGAUUCCAAAAUUGUCUACAGUUGUCCACUCUAUAUGCUAUUUUUAAUAUAAUAAAAAACUGAUGACUGCUGAUUUGAAUCACUUUGUAAAUAGUUUGUAUAUAUUGUACAUGUUCUUAAUUGAAUAAUAGAAUAAUUCCUGUAGUGAAGCUUAAAAAUUCUUGCCACCGAAUAAUGCUGUAAUAAGAGCUCCAUUAACUCUUAGAUUUAUGUAAUUCCAAUAAUUGUCACUGUAAACGUCAGCCAUCCAAUUAUUUUGAGUAUUACAAUUAGGAUGAAAUGUAAAAUUUAUAUAAAUUUGGCUGCAAAUUACUAUUUUGGAAUCCAAAAAAA